AAAAGUGUUCCUGUUGCUUUAAAUGAACCCAGGGCUUCAUCUUCAGGUGGAGUCAGUUCUUGCUGAGUUAUAAAUUUGCUGGGAGGAGGGAAAGCAGCUGUUUUGCUGGAAUCUUAACAAGCCCACAGGAUCAGGAUGAGGGAGUGUCUGUCAAUCCACAUCGGCCAAGCUGGAGUCCAGAUUGGGAAUGCCUGCUGGGAGUUAUACUGCCUAGAACAUGGCAUCCAAGCAGAUGGAACCAUCCCAGGGAACCCGGCGGCACAGAAGAUCCUGCCAGAAGCUGAGCAAGUGGAUUCCUCUUUUGAAACCUUCUUCUGUGAGACGGCGUCUGGGAAGCAUGUUCCAAGGGCUGUGUUCAUCGAUCUGGAACCAACUGUUAUUGAUGAGAUCCGCACGGGGCCAUAUCAUUCCCUCUUCCAUCCUGAGCAGCUCAUCAGUGGUAAAGAAGAUGCUGCCAACAAUUAUGCCCGCGGCCAUUAUACCAUUGGGAAGGAAAUAAUCGAUACAGUCCUGGGCAGGAUCCGCAAAAUGGCUGACCAGUGCUGUGGCCUCCAAGGUUUCUUGGUCUUCCACAGCUUUGGUGGAGGUACAGGGUCAGGUUUCACCUCUCUUCUGAUGGAGCGGCUCUCAGUAGAAUACAGCAAGAAGUCAAAACUGGAGUUCUCGGUGUACCCAGCCCCACAGGUCUCCACUGCCGUGGUGGAGCCCUACAACUCCAUCCUGACCACCCACACCACACUAGAGCAUUCGGACUGUUCCUUCAUGGUGGAUAAUGAGGCCAUCUAUGACAUCUGCAACCGCAACCUUGACAUUGAGCGUCCCACCUACACCAACCUCAACCGGUUGAUUGGGCAAAUCGUAUCCUCUGUAACAGCUUCUCUGAGGUUUAAAGGUGCCUUGAAUGUUGACCUGAUAGAAUUCCAGACCAACCUGGUGCCAUAUCCCCGCAUCCAUUUCCCCUUGACCACCUACGCUCCCAUCAUCUCCGCCGAGAAGGCCUACCACGAGCAGCUCUCCGUGCCGGAAAUCACCAAUGCUUGCUUUGAGUUUUCCAACCAGAUGGUCAAAUGCGACCCUCGCCGUGGGAAAUACAUGGCCUGCUGCCUCCUCUACCGGGGCGACGUGGUGCCUAAGGACGUCAACGCGGCCAUUGCCGCCAUAAAGACCAGGAGGUCCAUCCAGUUUGUGGACUGGUGCCCAACUGGGUUCAAGGUGGGCAUCAACUACCAGCCCCCCACAGUGGUGCCUGGAGGAGAUGUAGCAAAGGUACAGAGAGCUGUCUGCAUGCUGAGCAACACCACGGCAAUUGCUGAAGCCUGGGCACGUCUGGACCACAAAUUUGACCUGAUGUAUGCCAAGCGGGCCUUUGUGCAUUGGUACGUCGGGGAGGGCAUGGAGGAAGGGGAAUUCUCUGAAGCGCGGGAGGAUCUGGCUGCCCUAGAGAAGGAUUAUGAAGAGGUUGGGAGAGAUUCUGCCGAUGGAGAGGAAGAAGAUGCUGAGGAGGAAUAUUAGAACAAAUGAGUGUCUGUGUGACAGAGUCUGCAUGUAACCAGGCUUAAGGUGGGCAGGUAAACCUUACCAGUCUAUCAAAAAAGAAAGUAUUACUUGUUUAACAUUAAUCUGAUUCCAGUUUUUUAAAAAAAUCUUGUAUUGUACUAGGCUUCUAUAAUGUAUGGACUGUUAAUACACUGUACUUUCAUUAGAAUGCACUCCCUGUAGCUUCCUUUUAAUCUUUCUUACAAUAAAGUAUUAUUGUUGCAUAAGGAAAUACAACUAAAAGAGUUGACUAAUAAAAAACCAUUGAAACAAGGCAAAAAUAUAUGUUCAAAAAAGUGCAUAUUCAUCAUGUCAAUUGUGUCAACAGAGAUGAAAACAUUACUCAUCAAUAGCAUCCCUCUCUAAGGAGAAAUGGGCUCUGCAAGAAAGCAUAGAGUUGAUACUGUUAUUAAUACCAUUUAUAAAUGGGAUCCAAAACAUUGUAAAAUCCAGAUCCCUCAUUUGUAUGUCUUUGUUUGCUGACCCUGUGUGAUAUUUUUUUCCAUUAAAAGAAGUAUCCAAAGUC